UCAAAAUGCCUUCCAAGCACACGGGUCAAGAUACAGAAUUCCCUUCUCAAUCAUCUAAAACUAGCCGAGAAUCGAUUCGUUUGGCUCCGUGGGUCCCCUGGCACGGGGAAAACAGCGAUAUCUAUGAGCAUCGCAUCUACGCUCGAAAAGGAAGGCACCCUUGCUGCCUCUUUCUUUUGGGAUAAA